AAAACCUAAAGUUAUUCUUUGUCUACCCAAAACACAACCUAUUACCCAAUCAAAAUAAAUAGAGUAAUUCUUGUUAUCAAAAUGUUUUCCAGCUAAAUGAUACGUGUUCACCUAAAACCCUAUGUCUAGGCUCUUUCUCAAUUGUAACCCUAGGCUGUUAACCAAUCCAAAUUUGUUAGAAAUUAAGAAACGACAAUGGGUUCAGUGUAUUUUUCCUGAUUCUUUGUGGAUUAAUAAUGUCUAGAAACAUCAACAUUUCCCUAUGUAUGUUAAAAAAGGUUAUUUCAAAGAUACGAUUAAAAUCCAAAAAAGGGAAUCUUGCAGAAAAUUGUUGUGAGGAAACAAGGCAAAUACAGCUCUAACGCACUCUCUGUAAUCAAUGAUUGAACUCAGAAUUCGUUCGAUUUAGUAAUGAAUGCGAAAAAAUGCGAAACGUUGCUAAUUCUGAGGCCAUAAGAUGCAGGAUAUAAAAUUAUAAAAUAAUUGCAUAUUGUUGGUAAAGGAUGUAACAAGAUUACUAAAAAAAUAUUUGGUUGCCUAUGUUGUUGUCGCAUGCAAAUUAAUUCUACAAAAAGGUCAUGUUCCUAUAAGUACAUUCUUGAAUCAUUGUUACAUCCAAGCAUCACCUCAGAAAUCAACUAAACCUUUCUUCCAAAAACCAAUCAAACCAUGGCUAAAUCUAAAAAUCUACCUUGUCCUGUUAGGUCCAUUAGCUUGCCUUCCAGAUUAAAUCCUAAUGGCCUAAAAAUUGAAGCUGAAUUAGACAAGCUGAAAAUCUUGGAAAUUCCUGUAAGUGCAGAGAGAAUCCAGACUGGUAUUCUUGGGCUUGUAGAAUUAUACAAUUGUGUGCAGGAACUAAUUCAAUGUCCAAACACACAAAAAACUCUUGCCCAACAUCAAAGUGGAGCAUUAGUGGAAGAGGCACUAGAGGGAUCUCUUGAGUUACUUGAGUCAUGUGACACUAUUAGAAACUUAUUUUGUAUGAUUAAGGAACAAGUGCAGCUUCUUCAGUCAGCUUUACGACGAAAAGGUGCAGAUUCAAGCAUUGAGAAGGAUAUUAGCAAUUAUUUUAACUUCAGGAAGAACAUGAAGAAUGAGAUAGUAAAGAACUUGAGGAGACUGAAGCAAAUGGAAAACAGAGUUGGAUCUUCUGUUUUCUGGGACAUUGAACAACACUUAUCGAUGGUGAUUCGAGUGCUAAGAGAAGUAACAUCUGUUACUAUAUCUGUCUUUAAGGCCCUGUUAGUAUUUUUGUCAUACCAAGAUACAAAAAUAAAGCCUAGAGGGUGGUCUAUGAUUUCAAAGUUGAUGAUCACUAAAUCAGCUUCUUCUCAAGGUGGCCAAAUUUUCAGUGACAUGGGAAGUGUUGAUAUAGCUCUUGCCUCACUUCGCGAACAUAUUAAGUACAAUGAAACCAAAGUUGAUAUUAAUGUUGUGCGAAGGAAAUUACAAUCACUUGAUUCGAGCAUCGAGUGUUUUGAGGCUGGAUUACAGAGCUUGUACAAGCAAUUGAUCCAAAGUAGAGUUUCAUUUCUUAAUAUUUUGGCAGUUUAAUUAGAACAAAAUCUUGUACAUAUAUAAGGGUUUGGCUAUAUAUAGGCCAAACACCAAAUUUUUGUUAUAGUGAAGAAGUAUAGUUGGCACGAAGUUAUAAUUAAAUCUUAGCUUAAACU